AAUCUUGGGCAGCCGCAGACGAGUGAAUAAUGACUGGGUACGCCAAGCUCAUCGCGGCCCUUGGCGAGAAGCCGCUCGAGAAGACGUCGGCCCUGGAGGCCGUUGACGAAGACAUGGACACGCAUGAAUUUGACGCAGCCGAGGCCGCGGACAAGACCAUGCAAUGCGCAGACUUGCUCAGCCAAGCGUUCGAGGCCGCGUAUACCCUCCAGAGCAAUGAUGGCGAGGCGCCGACGUACGACGCCAUUAUCAAGGAUCUCCUUGCAAUGGAUGGCUCUGUCAAGGAGCUCGCAAAGAUUUCAAGCUCGAUGGUGCACGGUCUCAAGGCAAGCCGCAGUUUGCUUGGUGGUGCUGAGGUUGCUCUCGAGUUGUCGGACGAAGCCACGGAGGCGCGCUUCGACGAGCUCUACAUGGAGGGCUUUGCGUCGGCGUUCGGCGAUGAGAUCGACAAGUUCCGCCAAGAUGACGCGUUCGAAGCGAAGGACGUGAGCUAUCUCAUUACGUGUAUAAAGGCUGGGGGCGACGUCUUCUCGCCCAUUGAAAAGUCCCUCUUCGUCACGUCCCGCGCGUCGAAACAGUAGACUUUGUCGUAAUAUAUAGCACACAUUAACGAGACCAGUCGCUAUCUUGGACAUUAGGCCG